AUGGUUAUAUUUAUUUCGCAGAUGUCCCAUUUUAUGGUACUGACAAAAGUGCCGAAGUACAAGAUGAACAAUGGACGAGAGAUACCGGCCAUCGCGCUGGGGACGUUUCUCGGGUUUGAUGAGCAUGGUGUAACACAAUCAGAGAACAAAAUGCUCAGAGACGUGGUGAUACAAGCGAUAGACCUCGGCUACCGGCACUUUGACACCGCGGCCGUGUACAACACGGAGGCGGAGCUGGGCGAGGCCGUGCGUAUCACGGUCGCAGAACAGACGGUCUCCAGAGAUGAGGUCUUCAUCACUACCAAGCUCUGGAACACUCGUCACAGAAAAGGGCAAGUGAUGAAAGCCUUGGAAGAGUCUCUGCGUCAGUUGGGACUCGAUUACGUUGACCUGUACCUUAUGCACUGGCCCAUUGGACUCAAUGACGACUACACCCCCACGAACACAGACUACAUGGAGACAUGGCGCGCUAUGGAAGACGCCGUGGAGGCCGGGUACGCCAAGUCCAUCGGAUUAUCCAAUUUCAACAAGCAACAGCUGAAGAGGGUCAUAGACGAGGGCAAUAUCAAACCCGCUGUUUUACAGAUUGAGAUACACCCUCAGCUGGUACAGGAGGAGCUCGUUCAGUACGCGCAGUCGCAGGGCAUUGUAGUGAUGGGCUUCAGUCCCUUCGGCUCCAUGGUCACGAGGUUCGGUGUAAACUACACGGGGCUGCGGUUCAACGACCCCGUGCUGAGACAGAUCGCUGAGAGACACAACAAAACUACCGCGCAGGUUGUUUUGAGGUGGUUUGUGGAAAGAAAAAUAAUUCCCAUGCCUAAAACAAUAAGAUACUCCCGACUAAUAGAAAACAUCGACAUCUUCGACUUCCAACUAGAUGAAGAGGAGAUAGAGAUGAUCAGUCAGUUCAACAGGAACGUGCGGUUCACCGCCCCCACCUUCUGGCAGAAUCACCCCCACUACCCCUUCGACAAGGUGGAUAAUCCCAUCGAAGAUCCCUUUACCAAAAUCUAA